UAAUAAGGAUGUAUUAUUUGAAUGGUAAAGAAAUGUUAACAUUUGUGUUUGGUUGGUUUAAUCUGUAAGAGGUUUAGCAGCAGCACGCGCCGAUAGAGCUCGCACAUUCAUCAUGGCCAGCGUUGCAUCAGCUACGAGCGCAUCAUCACACAAGGAACAUGAGACAAAUGGUGUGGCCGACUAUGCCUCUAGCUUUAAGGCCGCAGAAACGGUCAUACAGUUGACAGAGACCCAUAAGCCCAAACCUGAUCCGAAUGGCCUUGUGUUUGGGUCAGUCUUCACCGACCACAUGCUCACCAUCGAGUGGAGUCUUAAAGACGGCUGGCAGAAGCCACACAUCCAGCCUUUUGGGAACCUGUCCAUACACCCAGCCUGUUCUUGCCUCCAUUACGCUGUACAGCUUUUCGAAGGCAUGAAGGCGUACCGGGGGCCAGACGACAAAGUGCGGCUCUUCAGACCCAUUCUCAACAUAAAGCGCAUGCUGAAGUCUGCCGACCGGUCCUGUCUACCUAGUUUUGAUGGCGUAGAGUUGUUGGAGUGUAUCAGGAAAUUGGUGGAUCUUGAACAAGACUGGGUUCCACAGUCAGACUCCGUCAGUCUUUAUAUCCGGCCUACUUAUCUGGGCACGGAGCCUUCGCUUGGUGUAAAGAAGCCAUCUCGUGCGCUCCUCUUUGUUGUUCUCAGUCCUGUUGGCUCGUACUUCAGCACGGGAGUCAAACCGGUGUCUCUGUGGGCAGACUCGAAAUACAUCAGAGCCUGGAAAGGAGGAACGGGAGACUGCAAGAUGGGAGGGAAUUAUGGGGCUUCUAUCUAUGCCCAAUGUGAAGCAGUGGGUUACGGCUGUCAACAGGUUCUGUGGCUGUAUGGGGACGAUCAUCAGAUCACCGAGGUUGGAACCAUGAACGUUUUCCUGCACUGGAUCAAUGAGAAAGGGGAGGAGGAGCUGGCAACCCCACCUCUAGAUGGAAUUAUCCUGCCAGGCGUCACAAGACAAAGCAUCCUGGAACUUGCUCGUAAAUGGGGUGAAUUUAAAGUAUCAGAGCGCUAUCUGACCAUGGCUGACCUGCGGCAGGCUCUGGAGGAAAGCCGAGUGAUGGAGAUGUUUGGUUCUGGAACAGCUUGUAUUGUUAGCCCAAUUAAUAGGAUUCUGUAUCAGGAAGAGAAUCUUCAAAUUCCAUGUAAGGAAAACUUCCCUCCUCUUGCAUCCAGGCUGAUGAAGGAGAUCACUGAUAUUCAGUAUGGCCGGACUCCCAGCGACUGGUCUUUCAUUGUAUAAAGAAACCUCAAUCGUAAACACACCUGGGAUUAUGGUCAACAGGCACAUGUUCUUCAACACAUUUUCAAGCAAGCACAUUCCACAAAUAGGCUUUAUAUGUGUCUACAUUGAAAUAAUUACCUUGCCAUGUUGCAAUAUUGUGUUUGCACAAAGUUUACCAGCAGAAACUCAGAAAUAGUCUAGCAAUAAUACGUCAGUCUUUGGCCGAUUUACUUCUUCAUGGUCUCAUUGGUUAUAAAUUCAAUUUUAAAAGCACACCAGCUGUUUUUCAACACUACACGACCGCCCUCAACGACAACAAGGGACUCUCAGUGUAUAUGAUAAUGUUGUUAGUCUUGCUCUACUAUAGCCUAUAGUUUCUAUUUUAAGUGGACCUAUCGAUGUAUUUUUUAACUUAUUGAUGUUGUUAAUAAUAUGCAGUGACCAUCAUAUUGCACAUUUUCAAACUACUGAAAGACAGAUAUCUUAGCUAUCAUUAAUAGAUAUUUUAAGGUAGUGUGUUUUUGUGAUAGAGCUACAGUAUUUUCUUAAGACAUGAAAUGUUUAUUUGUAGUUAAUACAGGAUAACACAGCACAGCUCCACAAGCACAGUUGUUUUAUUACAUUUGAUGUAAAAGAGAGGUUAAAAGUAAUAUAAGAUUUGUUUAUAGAUGUUUGUAUGAUCCAGCAGUGACUGUAGACAUAAAAACACAAAUAUGAUUAAAUUAUAGGCUGUCUAUAUAUAUAUAUAAAUAUAUAU